AAGAAAUGAAAGGUAUACAAACAGAAGAAAGUCUAAAAAUAGGGUGAAAAAAGCAAAGGAGAACUUAAUAGACUUAGCUCUAUAGGGAGAUCUACUGAGAUCUAAUUAGAGCUGUGGAAGUGAGCAAGAUUUGCAACACUUGUCAUUUGUAUUUCAAAAACUCUACAAAAUUCCUCAAUCAAUUUUGGUUAAUUUUCUUUUAAAUUGAAAAAAAGUAUAACGGUCUCAAAAUUCUCGCUAGUAAUGUCUAAAUCUUCAGUUUAUCCUCUCUACGCCAUUGAAUCGUUAACACCUCUAUGUGAACAUCAAAAAAUACCCCAAACAAUUCGCACCGUAUUUCAUCAAGAUAAACCCAUACGUUUGGUCGAACAAGCGCACCUAACGAAAAUCGGUCAAUGUUCUUGCAAUUUAUGCGAAAAACGGCACAAAUCUUUUUGUGAAUGUUUGUGGAAGGAGAAUUGUUAUGUUCGAAAUAAAAGAGCUUUAGAAAUCUCUAUUUUUAAAUGGCAAUCAUCAAAAAGUGAAGAGAAGGGGGCAACAGUUUGUAAUUAUAAUAACGAAGAGAAAUAUAAGACAAAACCUUUAAAUUUAAUGCAAAAAUUUCGUCGUGGUUAUAGAAAAUCUAAACAAUUUUGGUGGAAAACUAAGGCAGUAGAAGCUGAAGAUACUUUCUCUUGGAUUUUGGAACCCAAAGAGAAAAUGUUCUCUUCAGAAACGGAUUUAAACAGAAAAUUGCAAAUUAAAACUUUAAGAGAAGAAAUUUUAAAGAUGAUAAAGGAAAAAGAGUUAAAAUUGAAUGAAGAGCAAAGUAAAUGCAAAGAUAAGGAGUUGCAAGGUAAAAGCUCUGCUUUAGCCAAGAUACAAACCGAAAAGCAGGAAGCUGCCAGCAAAAGCUCUUCAGUUAAAAGUUUAAACAAAUCAAAUGAAGCACAUUUUUUAAAUAAAGAAGAUAAUUUGCAAUUUUUGCUAUCACCUGCUGAAAAUAAAACAAAACUUGCUGCAAUAGAGAAUAAAGCUCAUGUAGACAAAAGCUCUAUAGCCAAGGCAGCCAACCAAAGUAAAACAAUAAAGGGAAAGCUACAAACAACAAAUUCAAGUUUUCUAAAGGAGCCACAAACGUAUGUGGAAAGUAAACGACGGACAGAGAAUUUACAAACUUCCCAGAUAACUGAGCAUUUGCUAGAACAAGCAGAGAAGGAAAAAAGCUCUUUAUCUAGCUCAAAAACCAAAAAUGAGUUUAACACUAGACUAGAUAGUUUAGAAAAUGUUAAGAAAGAUGAAAGCUUUUUAUGUAGUACAAAAGCGAAAGCUUUAAAAGCUACAAAUAUGAAAAGCUGUGACCAGCGAAAAAGCUCUUUAAGUGACAUUAAAAAUUUUAAUAAAAAAGAUCGAGAUUAUCAAAGCUGUUCAUCCAAGGGAUUGUAUAAAACAAAUUUCAGAACAAAAACAAAAAGCUUUUUAUAUAAAAAACGUUCUAAAGAAAAGCUUAAUAUAAAAGAAAGCUGCCAAGAAGCAUCUAAAAGCUCUUUAUAUAAAAUUAAUGACAAAAAUCAAACAAAAGCUAGUAAAAGUAAACUUAAACAAACAAAAAGCUUUGCUGAAAAGUUAUCUAAAGAAAAACAAGUUAAUGUUAAAGCUAAAUGCUCUAAAGAGACAAAAGCAAACAGACAAGUUAAGAAAGUUAAUUCAAAAGCAGAUCUUGAAACCAAUAAACCUUCUAAAACAGAUGUAAAAACCAAAUUAACUGAUAAAAGCUCCAUAACGAACAUUCUCUAUAAAAGUGAAGAUAAAUUAAAGCUUAAAAGCUCUCAAACUGUAAAUGGAAUAGAAGAGAAAAGUAAUAUUGAAAAUUUUCAGCAAAAUGAACCAAAUUCUCGGGAAUGCUUAACUAAAUUAAACAAAAGCUCUGCUACAAAAUUUCAACCACUAGAGAAGAGUAAAACAAAAAGCUUUUCAAAAUCCAGAAUGGAUAUUCCUCUACCACAAACAAAUUCAGUUUUAAUACAUUACAUAAGAAAUAUAACUAAAACUAAAGCUUUUAAAAGCUCUGCUAAAGGGAAAGAAAUUAAAACUAAAACUAAACUUCAAGCAAAAAGCUCUGUAGAAACUAAUAAAACUUCUCAAAAAAUACCAAUAUCUUUACAAAAUGUUGAGCUUAACCAAAGCUCUUUUACAGAGGAACAGAUUAAACAGGAAAAGAGAGUACAUUUGAAAAGCUUGCGCAAUACAAUGAAAAGCUCUUUAAAGCAAACAAAAACCCCAGAGGAAAAGAAGGCUAAAAUGAAAAGCUUAAGGGAAUUUAACAUUAGUUUAAACAAGACAAAUAAAAGCGUUAAAACUUUAAGUCCCAUAACUUCAAUAAAGACCUACAAUCAUUUAAUGCAGUCGGUAGUACAGCGAUACCCCAAAAAUAUGAAGCCCAAAAUAUACACAGAAGAAAAUUUAAAAGUUUAUGAAGAAAAUCCCAAUAAAAUUAAAGCUUGCCCAGAGAAACCAGUGACCAUUGUUGAAUUUUAUAACAAAAUGAAUGCUUGCAAUGAUUUACAAUUAAACAGCUCGGAUAUAUUAAAACCAGAAUCAAAAUUAGAAAAGUUAAGUGAAGAGAAAUCUCCGAAAUUGCCGAUAAGUUCUUUAGAAACUCAAGGUAUGAAAUCGUCACCUGCUAAAAAGCCUUCUCUUAAGCUUAAACAGAAUUCAAAAUUCUAUACCAGUUCCUGCUAUUCAAAAACAUUAGAUAAAUUAACAAAUUUAGGAAAACCCAAACCGAGAAUACAAUUAAAUAAAAUACAAUUUGCAUUCGCUAAAGAUCCCUUAAAGGUGUUAGAAGAUGUGGGCUUUCAAACGUUAAAAACGAAAAGAAGGAAAACUAAAGAGAAAAAGUUGUGACAUUGUUGUAAAAGUUCUUCAACAUUUAAAAUAAAAUCAUGUUUUGGUAAUUUGAAGAGGUCUAAAGUAAAAAGCUUUAAAACUGGAAAUAUUUUGCGAUUAACAAUGCAAUAAGCAAUUAUUUAACUAAAAAGCUUUCUAAAAGCUUUUAUUAAAAAAAAACAUUUUUGAAGUAUUUUUUAAAAAGCUUCCUAAAAGUUU